CCUGCAAAGAUAUUGUUAUGAUAAAUUUAAAAAAAGGUUUAGUUUCUAGUGUUAGUAUCUCUUUAAGACAGCAUAGAUGUAUAUUGUGUAGAAAGCUUCCCAGGCCUCCCAGCUCGUCUGUUGAUGAUGUCACAAUGUGGUCAGGAUGUUGUGAUGUCACAAUGCAGAGUGAGGAGAAUUGGAAAGCAUAAAGAGUUACUUCAGUGCUUCAGUCAUUUACACAAAAGAUCUUGACGAAGCAACAUGACAGAGAGAUUGUUGCUUUUGUUUUGGUUUUUUAUUCUUUUUAUUUCUUAUGGAAAAUCAGAGAAAGAUGAGGAUGAAGUUUACAAACCAGACAUAAGUGAUGUUCAUGGAGUGUUGGACCGCCCUCAAUUAAAUCCAUAUAAAUCGACCGUAGUGGUAGAGGCUGGACCUUGUAGUGUCACUUGCGGCAAUGGCGUCAGGAUGGAGAAGCGAUGCUUGGUCGAUUCCAAUGGCAAGACCUCCGAUUGUGAGAAAGUGAUGGCGCCCUGUAGCCUGAACGAUCUGUGUCAAAUGGCAACGUUCCAGAAAGAGCCCGGGGAUACAGUAUCCCUGGAGUGUGUGAAAAAGGAGGAGAUGGAGCAACUGGGAGACGUAAAUGUCUUCUGGAAAGUGGCUAAAGGCGUCAUAACCAACGACGCUAAUGUCUUCUAUCCCUUAAAACUUUCAAACCACACCAUCACAAUUUCUAACCUCCGCCUGCGAGAUACUGGCACUUACCGCUGUGAUGUGCAAAGAAAGCAGGAUGGCAUUUUGGCAAAGCAGCUUUAUUUUGGGGUCAAGAUGAAUGACCCUAAGAUGAUGGACUUUCAGUUCCAAAGAUAUGUCAAAAACAAGCUGUUUCUAGCAGGGGUGGCAGAAUUAGAGACAAAGGCCCCUGACAUUAAGGAGAAAUCCUCAGAGUCAGUAAAUAAGAAGCUGCUUAUUAUUUUUGGUGCUGGUAUUGGUACAGGGGUUAUGAUUUCUAUUGUUAUCUUUGCAUUGUUGCUGCGCUUGUGCAGAGCCAAACGCCAGGAGUCUGUGGAAGAGGCUGUAUAGUCCCCCUACAGAAACUGACAGUUGUGAAUGCUAUAAUAUCCCAGCUCUGUUCCUGCCACAUUAACUGAGCAAUGCCAAGUCUAAAGUUGAAGUCAAGAAGCAGCAACGUCAUGGGGAACUGGGCCGCCAGGACACCAGGAAAACACCCGGUGGGCCCCGGCGGCCCAGACCCGAUCCCUGUUGCCACUUCCCCUCGGUGCUGAUGUCCUCCCCUUUCACUUACGCUCGCUCAGGGGAGGACAUUGGGUGGGUGGUGGGGGCCCC